UUUCACAAUCAGGCAUCAGCGGCUCACUGGAGAUGGCGGGAAGCAGGAAGGCAUGAAACGAAUGCGUCUCCCUCCCGCCAUUUACUGAGCUAGCCUCGUCUCUCUUUUUGAUGCAUUUAUCAAUUUGAAAACCUCGUCAAUUCGCUCAAACUCCAUUCUCCACAGGCCUCAAUACUCCUGGUUUUCUCAUACUUAGCUUCGAUUCUUGGCAGUUGGCACCUCUCAAUCACUUGGAACGCUUAGAAUCAGGUUAGGGUUAGGGCUCUGCAACAUGAAGAACCAUAAGGUUGCAGACCAACACUUAUCUACUGUUCGGUCCAUCGUUGGCGCCGAAUAUACUGACAUGGAUAUCAUCAGAGCCCUGCACUUGGCCAACAAUGACAUCACCGCCGCCAUUAAUAUUAUUUUUGAUACCCCCAACUUCAAAUUGAAAGAGAGGUUAAGUGUGGGCACUCAGAGGAAUUCACAGGUUUUGCAUCGAAAUUCAUGCUCUGAUGCUGGAACUGGAGGUGGAAGUGUCAUGGCGAAGUCCAAGCCAACUGCUGCAGAGGACAAUAAUCACUCUCUGGGGUUGGAAGCAAAUGUUGCCGACUCGGUUUCUAACUCAGGUGAUUGUGGCGUCGAGGACGUGGAAGGGCAUUCAAGUUCAGCGGCAAGUGAUUGGUGGUUCGUGGGUUGUGGGGAAAUGGCGGGGCUUUCGACCUGUAAAGGGAGGACUUUGAAUCCUGGUGAUCAAGUGUUGUUCAACUUUCCGCUGAAGACAGGGUCAACUACGCCGUCCCCGGGUAAGGGUUUUGGACGGGGACGGCAGGCAGCAGCAACUUGUUCGGAGAUAGUGCGAUUCUAUACCAAAGAAACGGGAGAGAUUGGUAGAAUACCGAAUGAAUGGGCUAGGUGUCUCUUGCCCCUUCUACGGGAUAAGAAAGUGAGGAUUGAUGGCCAUUGUAAACAUGCUCCUAAUAAUUUGAGCAUCAUGGACACCGUUCUUUUGUCAAUCAGAGUAUUCAUCAAUAGUUCAAUGUUUCGUAAACAUCACCAGGUUUCUCUUAAGGUCACCGCAAAUACCACUGAUGAAUCAGUCUUUCAUCCUCUUCCAACCUUGUUUAGGUUGCUAGGCUUGAGCCCUUUCAAAAAGGCAGAGUUCACUCCUGGUGACUUGUACUCAAAGAAGCGCCCUUUCAAUCAAAAGGAGAACUCUUCUCUUCAGGCGACAUUACUGCACAUCAAGUCCAAGUGUCCUUCUGUAAAUGAUAAUGAGGUAGACAAUGAGGAUUCAAUAUCUGAAACUGACCUUGACAAGAUUGUUGGUGUUGGAACUUGCUCGGAGCUAGAGGAAAUGGAUCCCCCUGGUAAUCUUCUGUGUGAAUUGCGGCCGUAUCAAAAGCAAGCUCUUCAUUGGAUGAUGCAGCUGGAGAGGGGACUGCCUAUCGAUGAGGCAGCUUCAACCCUUCAUCCAUGUUGGGAGGCAUAUCACCUGGCAGAUGAGAGGGAGCUGGUUAUUUAUUUGAAUGUUUUUUCUGGUGAAGCUACAAUAGAAUUUCCAAGCACACUUCAGAUGGCUAGAGGAGGAAUUUUGGCAGAUGCUAUGGGGCUCGGGAAGACCAUUAUGACCAUAGCCCUCCUCCUUGCCCAUUCAAGCACUGGUGGUUCAUCAAGUAGUCAACUCAUGGAUCAGCCCUUGUCCGAAAGUGGUGGAGUUAAUGACACGGCACGAAACUCUUCAAAGGUACCUAAGAAGGCAAACAAGUUUUCUGGUUUUGAUAAACUGAGGAAGCAAAAGAAUACUCGAACAAAUGGUGGCAGUCUGAUAAUAUGUCCCAUGACGCUUCUAGGACAGUGGAAGGCAGAAAUUGAGACUCACGUGCAGCCUGGAUCUCUGUCUUUAUAUGUUCAUUAUGGACAGAGUAGACCAAAAGAUGCAAGAAUUCUAGCUCAGAGUGAUGUUGUAAUUACUACAUAUGGAGUUGUAGCCUCUGAGUUUUCCAGUGAGAAUGCAGAGGAUAAUGGUGGACUUUUCUCAAUUCGAUGGUUUAGGGUGGUUCUAGAUGAGGCACAUACCAUAAAAUCUUCCAAAAGCCAAAUAUCUAUGGCUGCUUCAGCCUUAGUUGCUGACAGACGUUGGUGUCUUACUGGCACUCCUAUCCAGAACAACCUUGAGGAUAUCUACAGUCUUCUUCGAUUUCUGAGAAUAGAGCCUUGGGGUCAUUGGGCCUGGUGGAACAAACUUGUUCAGAAACCAUUUGAGGAGGGUGAUGAGAGAGGGCUAAAGUUGGUUCAAUCCAUCUUGAAGCCAAUCAUGUUGAGGAGAACCAAGCAUAGCAUGGACCGAGACGGCAAGCCUAUUAUUGUUCUUCCUCCAGCCGAAGUGCAGAUAGUUUAUUGUGAACUCACUGAAGCUGAAAAGGACUUUUAUGAGGCACUAUUCAAAAGAUCUAAGGUCAAAUUCGAUCAGUUUGUUGAUCAAGGGCGUGUUCUUCAUAAUUAUGCUUCUAUAUUGGAGUUGCUCUUACGUCUUCGGCAAUGCUGUGAUCAUCCAUUUCUUGUAAUGAGCCGAGGUGACACUCAAGAAUAUUCCGACCUAAACAAGCUAGCUAAACAUUUCCUCAAAGGAAGCCAUAAUGCUUCAGAAGGGGAAGCCAAAGGUGCACCUUCACGGGCUUAUGUUCAAGAAGUUGUGGAAGAGCUACGCAAAGGGGAACAGGGAGAGUGUCCAAUAUGUCUGGAAGCAUUUGAAGACGCAGUGUUGACCCCUUGUGCUCACCGCUUAUGCCGGGAAUGCCUCUUGGCUAGUUGGAGGAAUUCUAAUUCUGGUUUAUGCCCUGUUUGUAGAAAAACAAUAAGCAGGCAAGACCUUUUAACUGCCCCCAGGGAAAGUCGGUUUCAGAUUGAUAUUGAGAAGAACUGGGUGGAGUCAUGCAAGGUAACUGCCCUUUUGCGUGAACUUGAAAAUCUUCGCCCUUCAAGCUCUAAGAGCAUUGUUUUCAGCCAGUGGACUGCUUUUCUAGACCUCUUGCAGAUUCCCUUUACGAGGAAUAACAUUCCAUUUGUUCGUCUUGAUGGGACCUUGAAUCAGCAGCAGCGUGAAAAAGUACUUAGACAAUUCUCAGAAGACAGCAAUAUCCUGGUGUUGUUGAUGUCCCUAAAAGCAGGUGGAGUGGGUAUAAAUCUAACUGCAGCUUCAAAUGCUUUUGUCAUGGAUCCGUGGUGGAAUCCAGCUGUGGAGGACCAAGCUGUCAUGCGAAUCCAUCGCAUUGGACAAACAAAGAAUGUGACCAUCAAACGGUUUAUUGUGAAGGGGACAGUUGAGGAGAGAAUGGAAGCAGUGCAAGCUCGCAAACAGCGAAUGAUUUCUGGUGCCUUGACUGAUCAAGAAGUUCGAACCGCACGGAUUGAGGAGUUGAAGAUGCUUUUUACUUAGAUUGAUAAAGCAGUCGCAACCAUCUUUGUUGGUCAACAGGAGCAUUGUGCACCUUUGCCAUUUUGCAGUUGGUAUUUUACUCGUGAUCUCUAGGGAUUGCAAGAGCAAGAUAGCUGUGACCUGAAGCAUGGAAGUGCAUCUGAGGGUGAAGUUUUCUUUUCUUAGAUUGGUUGUAUUCGGACAUCAAGUCUAAGUGGAUGUCUAUAUUCAUGACUUUCAUGCACGAAUCAGACUAUUUUGAGGUGGAUGUGCACUCGAUGAAGGAAUACAAAGGAAGGGGUUGGUUCAAGGUGGAUGAAAUUUUUAACGUCUAAUUUGGGCCAAUUAACAUCGAUGAGGCAAUUCUUCCGGAGUGAUGAAUUUGUUGUUGUACAUAGAUUGAGUCAUCAUGAGACCCCCUCUGUAUUUUACAUGUAAUGAUCCCUCUUAAUAUCUAUCAAAUUACUUGUUCCUUUUUUUUCCCCCGGUAUGAUUGCGAAAUUUGCUCUCA